CACAUCAGAGAUGUUGUGAGAUCUUCUUCAAUCGAACCCCAUUGCUCAUUUUCUGUAGUGUAAACAUCAUGUUGCAAACAAUGCUGUAAUCAGUCAAUGGGUGUACCGCAUACGGUGGGGAUUACCGCAUAUUCGAAAGAUAUGUCGCUUUCAAGAAAGAAAUCUUUUGAUUGUGACUGGCGACAGAUUAUUUACCUAAGACUGAGAGAGAGAAAUAAAAAGGAGUACGAGAACAUCAAUGAUCUGAUUCAGUUACAUAUUCGCCUCUUUGAACAAAGUGAAUCUCUGCGGGCUGAAAAUUUGCAACUUACAUUACAGAAUGAAAAAUUACGCCAAGAAAAUGCUCAGCUUCAUGAACAUGGUGAUGGUGGGGUGGAAGGAGGUGGGAUGACAGAAGGAGUUAGUUCAACAGUAGUACAGGCUCUAGAACAGAAAGUUUAUAAGCUUCAAGAGGAGCUAACAGAUCUUCAUAGAAGGAAGGGUGAAAAUGCCCAGCAACUGGUUGAGCUAAACCAGUGCCUUCAGGAACGUGAUAAAACCCUCGCAGUUAAAGAAAAUAAACUAGCUGAGUAUGAGUCAGAACUGUUGUUAUUGCGAGAAGAACUGGCUGCCAAAGAAGCUACUCUCAAUGAUGUUCAGGCUGUCAACCAAGUUUUACGUGAUGAAUACCAAACGCUGAAUUUAGCUUUCACUGCCUUAGAAGAUAAAUAUAGAAAAGCUCAGGAUGACAACAGAGACUUGAUUGAGAGAUGGAUGGCUCAGAAAGCUCGUGAUGCUGAGAAGCUUAAUCUAGAAAAUGAUAAUGCCUUGAAAAAACGACAGAUGAUGCUUGAGGAGCAACUGAAAGAAGCUGCAAGGGAACCUAAGCAUGUUAGCAUGGAUGACAAGUUUGCGUGCAGUCCCCCGAUAUGCCUUACUGCUGUCUUACCUGCUAAAGCGUAUCUAUCAUUUGAUGCUCAUGAUGGUGAGGUGAACUGCAUUUCCUUCAGUCCCCAAGGAAAAAUUGUAGCAACUGGAGGCGCUGAUCGGAAACUCAAACUCUGGGACAUUAGCCGAGCAACUGUGGAAGCAAAGGGAAUGCUGACUGGUAGUAAUGCUGGUGUGACUGCAAUAGACUUCGAUGCGGAAGAGUCUUUAAUCUUGGGUGCUUCAAAUGAUUUUGCAAGUAGAGUGUGGACAGUUGUUGACCAUAGACUUAGGCACACCCUCACUGGCCAUUCGGGAAAGGUCAUGGCAGCAAAGUUUUUGUCAGAAUCGUCCAGAGUAGUGACAGGAUCUCAUGACCGUACGCUCAAAAUCUGGGACCUUCGCAGUCGUGCAUGUAUACGAACUAUUUUUGCUGGAUCAAGUUGCAAUGAUUUAGUGCCAUCUGACAGUGCAGCAACAACAAUAAUAUCCGGUCAUUUUGACAAAAAGAUAAGGUUUUGGGACACUAGAACAGAACAGUCGGCAAGUGAAGUGUCUCUACAGGGAAAGAUUACAUCUCUCUCUCUGUCAAGAGGUCCUGUGUUGUAGCAUGUAGCUGGCAUCCAAAUGGGAAGGCCCUUGUCUCUUGUGACCGCACGAAACGGGUGAUUGCGUGGUCUGAUUUUUAAUGCUGAUACAUAAUUUAUUUUGUACUGUAUGAAUGCAGUGUGUUGGUUGCCUGAUAAUUUUGGCAUAGCUUUAACUUUUUAUAUUUAUAACUGUUAAUGCAUACCUGAUGUUUCCAUUUAAAAUCUAAGGGUAACAGAUGUAUCAUGUGUAAGAAUAUAUUUAGAAAUCUGUAUAACAAUACACUAGAAUUUUAGUAAAUAGAAUGAUUUUGUUUUAAACUGAUUUUAGCAUUUCAUUUAAUUGUUUAAAAACAUUUUGAAGCAAUGCUUUCCAUGAAAAAAAAUGUAAUUCUGUCAGUAUCCUAGAAAAGUAAAUUAGAAUGAAAGAUGCAAUGACAAAAUCCAAAUAUUGAAAGGUACAAUACUUAAAAAAGUGUUACUCAGGGAGUGAUUAUUUGACAUAUUUCCUGUGGUGGGCAUUUCAAGAAGAACUUGGUAAGAUUAUUGCUGCUUGUUUUCUGUUUCAAGUCAGAGUUCACAUUAAAGUUAUACAAAAUCAAGUAAGAGGGCAAAUUAUAAUCAUGAAUUAAUGUGAGGUAGAUAUAUUCUUCACAUUUCAGGACCGAAUGCCAGUUUUCUUCUAUUGUUGACAACAGAGUAUUUGUUGCAUGAGAGACUACGAUUUACUAAUAUUUUGCUCGUUUCUCUUUCUGUCCCAUGAUUAAAAAUAGUGAGAUUGAGGAAAUUGUCUGUAUAUCUUUCAUGUUCUUUCACUCCUUGUUCUUUUACCAUACUUUCAAAGAUUUUGUAUGUAAUAUACAGUCACUUCAUUUUUUCAAGGUUAUAUAUCAGUUUUACAGAAUUUGUGAAACAAGGAAGUUGUCAGGAUUGUGCUUAGUACGUAUUUAAAAGAGGUAAGAUUUUGUGUAUAAUAAGCCAUUUUGGGAGUGCAUCAAGUCACCGUUGAACCACUAUCCUUUAUGGAAGUGAAGAGUGGUAGUUGAGUGCAAAUGAAAGUCAAAAGAUUGAAGCUGUUGAGAUUAAUUGUUUGUGUAGCAUAUGUAGUGUAAGGAAUUGAAUAGACAAUUGAAAUGUGAAGAGACAGAAAGGUUGAAAGUUGGUGAUCAAAGUGUUUUGAGAUGGUUCAGUCAUGUAGGAAGAAUGGAAAAUAGUAGAUUAAUGAAAAUAGUAUAUAAAUCAGAAGGGUUUGGGUAGAUGGUGUGAGAGAGGUAUUAGAAAAGAGGUGCCUUAAAAUCCCCAAAGCUGAGAAUGUGUGCAGUGCAGUAUAGAGGUAAGUGGUGUAGCGCGCGUGUGUGUGGGUGGGUGUUACAACAUGCUGUUGAUGUGCCAUGUGUUUGGGUGAAAAAACAUCUAAUGCUAAUGCUAUAGUACUAUAUAUACAUAUGUGUGUAUAUAUAUAUAUAUAUAUAUAUAUAUAUAUAUAUAUAUAUAUAUAUAUAUAUAUAGAUAUAUAU